AUGGGAGCGUGUAUAUCAAAGGAAGAUGUAGCAGCCCAGAAAAAGAGACAGCAGAAAGGAGAUUUAAAAGUUCCUGAGUUUUUUUAUUCUAUGCAAAACAAGAAUUUUUUUAAAAAAGAAAAAAAAAUGGAUAAUUUAAGGCUUUUUUCUUUGCAAAAAGGUAUAUCUUAACAGACUUAACAAAAAAAUACUCCAACUGCACCCAGAUGCAAAAAUCAAUAAAAUCCAGAUUCCAAACCCUUUUGAUCUUCAUACUGAAUCAGCAAUUGGCUAUUUAUCAAAAACAAGGAUUAUGCUUGCAGGUGGCACUGAUUCUACUUCCUGUCUUACCAAUGAUGCUUUCAUUAUUGAUAUUGACGGGAUGAGACUCUAUAAUAUAUGCGGUUUACCAAUUCCAGCCAAAGAAGGAACAUUGAUUGAGCAUAAUGGCUUUGUUUACUAUACCGGUGGGCUUAUAGAAGCUGAAGACGAAGCUUAUUAUCUCAAUGAAGAGCCAGCGCCUCUAAUGAGGUACAGUAUUAAAAAUAAUUCCUGGGAAUAUUUAGAAAUCUCAGAAAAAAACGGUGAAGUCACUUUGUUUAUCCCAAAAAAAGUGAUGGAAAAAGAAGACGAGGGAAAAAUAAGUCCAAAAUAUGACAAAAAUUUUCCAUUAAGCGAUAUUAUAUUGCCUGGAGUAUUUUUAUAUGGUAAAAAGAUUUUCUUUAUUGGUGGUCAUAGUGUCAAUAUUCAUGGCAAGAUCAAGAUGAAUAAAAAUGUUUACAGUUUAAAUUUGGAUUCUCUUGAGUUUGUAAAGGAAAAUUUUAAGUUAGCUAUUAAGGCAGCCAAGCCAGCUUGUGGGAUUGAUGGUGAUAAAGUUAUUAUUGCCGGUGGGCAUGAUCCAAAUACUGGAAAAUCAAAUUCUCAAGUCUAUGUUGUAAAUAUAGCAGAAGCAGAUAUUGGGUCAAAAAAUUUAGAACCACUAAGCUUUGAAUUAUCAGAGGGUUACCCAGCAAUUAUUUCCACAAGUAGUCCAAUAUUUAUUUCCUUUCCUAAAUUUGCAUUUUGGAAUGUCAAAAAAGAAUGCUGGGAAAGUUAUGAUAUUGGAAUAACAAAAAAAGACCCAAAAAUGAGUAAAAAGGCUAAUUUUCCACAUAUAAUAGCUAACAAAAGCAAUAUAUUUGCAUUCUAAAAGCUUUUUCUUGGCACAUCCUCUAUUUAUCGUAAGUUUUAAUUUUAUAAAUCAUACCAAUUAAUAUCAAACAAAAUAAGUGCUAGAUAUUAAAUAGAGAAUUAAGAGAAAAUCCUUAAAAAUUUCCUCUUUAGACACCGAAGAUUCUGAACCAAAAAGCCAAAAAUCAACAAAUUCUUUUGAGGCCAACAAAAGUGAAAAGGAAGAGGAAAGUGAGAAUUCCAGCGAAAUAAAAGAUAAAGAUAGUAUAGAUAGUGCUGCACAGGAAGAAAAACCCGUUAAAAUUAAAUCCCCAAAAAUUGAAGCUCCAGAAAUUGAAGAAGAAUCACACAGCUUCAGUAACGAUAAAAGCCAAAGCAUAAAAGCUCCUCCUCAAGCUCCUAUUAGAUUACCUCCUGGAAAGGUAGAUAUAGUAGCUAGGCAAUUAAUGGCUGAUUUAAAGCUUGGAAGCAAAAUCUUGCCAAUAUUGAAUAAACAUAGUGAAAAAAAAUAUAAAGAAAAUAUCAUAAAUCUAAAUCCUAAACUUAGAAGACCAAAAAUCCAUUUAGAAGAAUAUUCAGACAUAAGCUCGAGUGAGGAAGAACAAGAACCCAAAAUUAGGAAAAAAAUAAGUUCUUCAGUGUUGCUUAAAGAAAAACAAGAAAACUCUAGUAGCAGUUUAACUGACGAUAAAUCUGAAUUGAUUAUUGAUCCUAAUGGAGAUAUUUCACCAAUACAGGUAAAAAAAAUCAUAAGCCAAAAUGGAAAAGCUAACACGGAGUUUAAAUUGAGCUUGAAGAGUGCUUGGAGUUAA